AUGGCUGACAGCGGAGACUCCACGGCGAGUCCCCGCGUCCCGUCUCCUCCCGGCUCCCCGCUGCAGGGACGAAGGCGGCCGGGCUCCUCCUUGGCUCCCGGUGCGGGCAGCAGCAGCCAGUCUCCGGCGCGGAGCGCUGCGGGUCCCCCCGGGGCGGCGCCGCGGCUGCUGCUGUUGCCGCCGGCGGCGGUGUCGUCGCUGCCGCGGCUGGACAAGCCCAUCAAACAGGCCUUCUACAACACCGGGGCGCUGCUCUUCGCCGGGCUGUGCUGCGGCGCCGCCGUGCUGGUCUACUUCAUCCUGGAGGCCUUCCUGCGGCCGCUGCUCUGGGCCGUGCUCUGCGGCACCUUCCUGCACCCCUUCAAGAGCUCGCUCACCGCGCUGGGCCGCCGCUGGCUCGGCCGCCUGCACCGCUCCCGCACCCCGGUGCUGCUGGCCGCCCUGCUGCUGCCCAUCUGCUUCGCCAACUACGGCGCCGAGGCGCUGGGCGAGCAGGUGCUGCGCAGGCGGCGCCUCCUGCUGCUGCUGGGCGCUGGCGGCCCCCUGCUCUACGGACUCUAUUGCCUCGGCAGCUCCCUGGGAGUCCAGGUGCUGCUGGCCCAGACCGGACUCCUCAUCUGCCGGGGGCUCGACUUCUUCAGCAGCCUGUGGAUAUGGACCUUGGUUGUCGGUUAUCUGUUGACCAUUUCAUUCAAGUGGAAUGCAAGCACUGAGCGUUACUUAAGAGCAAUCUCCAUUCCUGUCUGGAUAAUACUGCUCUUCCACUUAGCUUCUGUGGCUGGCUCUUGGAGGAUUCCAGUAUUUCUGGUUAUAGUAUUUCUGAUGACUGUGGGCAUGUUGCAUGAGCAAGAGGGCGGAAAGGAGUCUUCUGGAACAGAACUUCCUGGUCAAAUGAUUUCCAUUGCUGCUUCUACAAUUGCCAUGGCAAUAUCUGUCACAGGAUAUGAGUCAAGUAAUGAGCAACAUUCACCCCAACCCUCAGAAACAGCAGAAAGUGGGCAAGCCUCAUCCUCUUCGUUUUCCUCCUCUUCAUCCACUUCCGGUGGCAGACACAGGCCUGAGGUUGGAGGUUUUCUUAGAAAGAAGAAAACCAGUGAUAUCUACUUUGUUACACUUGUAUGGGCCAUCGUCGUAGUCCAAAUCUGGCUGAAUCUCUGGAUUGUGCAGUUACUGCCAGUGCCUGUUGCAGUUUGGGUUGUUAAAAAAUUUGUGGUCCACUUUGGAGUUGUAAACUUCAUGGCGAAACGUUGUAGUAGUUGGUGGCAUGUUCUGGAAAACUUUGUGAAGGAGCGGCAGGAGGCUCUCGCUCCACGGCCAAUCAGAGGGCUUGGAAGGGUCAUGCUAAAACUUGACAGUAAGCUGUGGCACUGGCUUAAUAAGAAGAUGAUCGUGUGGUUGGAGAAAAUGCUUGAUAAAAUAAUUAGCAUUUUCAUAAUAUUUUUGCUAGUGAUAGGAACCCUUCUGCUAGCCCUUCUCCUUACGGCAAAGGUACAUCAAGAGAGCGUUCACUUGAUUCAAGUCACAAGCAGCUUGAUCAAUGAGACUGUAGCCAAUCACCCAGAGUGGGCAAACUGGCUCCCGGAAGCUCAGGUCAUUCAAAAAGCUCUCAAUUCGGCUGCUAAUAAUGUGUAUCAGUAUGGCCGAGAAUGGAUUACACAUAAGCUCCAUAAGAUAUUAGGAGAGAAAGUGAACAACACUGCUGUGAUUGAAAAGCAAGUGCUAGAGCUCUGGGACAGACUUUAUCACUCUUGGUUUGUGAAGAAUGUAACGCAUUCUGGAAGACACAAAGGACACAAGCUGCAUAUAAAUCGUCAGAACAGCUGGCUGGGUGACAUUCUGGACUGGCAGGAUAUUGCUUCAUUUGUUCAUGAGAACAUUGAGACAUUUCUUUCAAUUCUGGAGUCCUUGUGGAUAGUGAUGAGUCGUAAUGUGAGCCUACUCUUCACCACAGUAACAACACUAGUGACAAUCCUCUUCUAUAGUGGGACAGCCCUUCUCAAUUUUGUGCUCUCACUGGUGAUUUUCCUGACCACGCUGUUUUAUCUGUUAAGUUCCAGUGAUGAGUACUACAAACCAGUAAAGUGGGUGAUUAGCUUGACACCUUUGUCGCAACCAGGCCCAUCCUCAAAUAUAGUUGGCCAGUCUGUGGAAGAGGCCAUAAGAGGUGUGUUUGAUGCUUCUCUCAAAAUGGCUGGGUUCUAUGGACUGUACACCUGGCUCACUCACACCAUAUUUGGAAUUAAUAUUGUCUUCAUACCAUCAGCAUUGGCAGCAAUCCUUGGAGCUGUUCCAUUUCUGGGAACAUACUGGGCAGCUAUACCUGCAAUUCUAGAUCUGUGGCUCACCCAGGGAGAAGGAUGCAAAGCCAUUUUGCUCUUGGUUUUUCACCUGUUGCCAACGUACUUUGUAGACACAGCAAUCUACUCAGAUAUAUCGGGAGGUGGCCAUCCCUACCUGACAGGCCUCGCAGUAGCUGGUGGAGCAUAUUACCUAGGAUUGGAAGGAGCCAUCAUAGGACCCAUACUGCUUUGUAUACUGGUGGUUGCCUCUAACAUAUACAGUGCCAUGUUAGUGAGUCCAACAAAUUCAGUUCCCACCCCAUCACAAACACCAUGGCCUCUGCAGAUAUAUCAGCCAUCUAGAGAGAGUCCUGAAGAGAUGAAAAUGGCCACAGAGUGAGAUUUACACUAUCUUGCACCUGAUCAACAUGAAGUUGUCACACUCUUCUACCUGAAUAGAGUUCAGAACAGUUGUGGCCUUCUGUCCCUCUUCCAGCUGUGCCUAGUGACAACUCAUAGUGAAGCACAGUUUAAAACAAACCCUCACAUCUGCUGGCCUUACAUUAUUAAGCACUUUGCCUUUGCAAGAGAGACUGUCUGCUUCCCAUCACUUUGCAUAUUAACACAUAGACUUAAAGUUCAGAUGCCUUGUAUGUAGAUUUUUUUUCUUCACACAAAGAUCUUAAGAAGGACAAGUAAUAUCCACUGAAUCAAGGAUGCCAUCUGCUGAAAUGACUAACUUGGCUUUUAUUUCUUUGGAUGUUUGCAUUAUUAGACUUUUAGUAAUUUUAAACAAGUUAAACCCCCAAGUCUUUUGUUGCUGAAAUCUUUAGUUGAUCUAAGGGUGUAUUUACUUGUAGAGAUGCUAAAACUUUUAAAAGUGUGAAGCACCUGCUAUUAAAAGAAAAUAUAGUAUAAUUAUCUGCUGCUUCUCAAAGCAUUUCUUUUGAGGUGUGACAGUCACCAUUCAAUUAAUAACACUUGAAGCUUAUUUAUGCAUACACUAAUAGUGUUUAUACUGUCAGGGAGUGAUGCUUCCACUUGCAGAUUGUGUUAAGUGUAGGUUAUCCUCACGUGGAAUAGGAGUAUUUGUAAAAACAGUUUAAUCCUUGAGUUCACUUUUGCAGUUAAACUUAGUUCUGUUUUGGUUUAUUGAUAAAGCUUAAUUUAAUGCACCAGGGUCUCAGUAAGAUGAUGUACACGAAGUCCCAAUGGAUUCUUGCCAAAUUUAACCAAAGGACUUAAAUAUUUUCAGGCAGAAGUAAUAUUGGAUUACCAUGUCUAAUUACAGUAUUUGGAAGAUGCCUAAUGAUUGUGUUCGCACAAUUUUUUAUUAUUCUCAUUUAUUGAGAAGUAAUAAUCAAGAAGGUGAGAGAUGAUGGGGGAAGGGGAAAAGCACAAGACAAGCAGAGAUCUCAAAUUCCUAAAAUGUCGUCUUGUCCUGGGCACCAAAUUGAAGUACACUAGAGCUUUUUU